UGCCAGCUUACGAGUUACCAUGUAUGUUAAUUGGUGGUCGAUUCAAUGAAUGCAAUGACAGGGUUUAACCUAAUAUAGUUUAUCGUCGCGUGGCGAGUCAACCACAAUCGUUAUAAAACGAGUGUUCUGUUUCAUGCAUCUCGUGCCUGCUUAAAAUUUACCAUUACAACAACGUUGAUAUUCCUUUUAACGCCGUGGAACAGUUACUAGAGCGCUCGGCUAGAGGCACGUCGCUACUUCCACCGUUGUAUGCAAACAAACUAAUUACUCACGUAGUUACAUGCGUUGUACCUGUAAGCGGGAACGAGGUGUAUGAAAUAGGACACCUGCGUUAUAAUAACAGCAGACGUUGACCUGGCGGGCGAAGGAAUUAAAGUCUGAGUUUGACAACAUGGAAGAAUCUCUUCGUGACGCUUUACGUCAUACAGAACAUCACACAGAUCUUGGACGCUAUGUAACUUUACAAGAACAGCCUCAACCAUUGAAACCAUCUAUAUAUGUUGGUGCAACUGAGCAAAAGAGGAAUAUGGAAUUACAAAACUUCACUUCAACAUCUAAUAACAAUCAAAUGCAUUGUCAGAGAGAUAUGCGGCAAGCAGUCCUGGACCUUGAUGAUUUUCGAAGACACUGCAUUUUGUUAGCUGAAAGAGUUCAAAAAAUGGAAGAACAAAAUUAUCAGCUUAUCAAACUAGCUGAAAAACAGAAAGUGGAAUAUAACAAGGUUGCAGCUCAGGUGGUCCAAUCGGAACUCAUUCAACGUCAGUUGCAAUCUGAGUGCUUCAAUUUAAAACGACAAGUUGACAAUCUUUCCAAAUAUAACAAAAUAUUGCAAAAACAAAAUGAAACUUCUUUUUCCGGAGUUGAAAAAGAACAUGGUAAAAACAAUAGACAAGUUUUGAUAGAAGAUUCAAACGACCCAAUGAGAGAUUUGCACAGCAGCGUUGAGAGAAAACCCAAAAAUGGGUUAACAGAUAAGAUUUUCACCAAAGCGAUGGGACGUCUUCAGUCUUCACCUAACACUGAAGAUUCUGAUCCUUACAAAGCAACUGAUGUUGCUACAGUCGUAGAACUAUAUUCUGCUUUACAGAAGUCAACAGUUUCCGAUGUUAAUUCGGAACAAAUAAAGACACCUAAUAUCCCAAACAGUGAUAAUGCAUCAGUUGGUUCACUUAAUAUAAUACAUGAGCAUCCUGAACCUUAUACAACGAACGAACAUGCUGAUUACGCCACACCGUCCAGCAAAUGUGCAUUGCAGUCUUGCUCAUCUUGCCCCCAAAGACAUUCCUCCUCCUCCAAGCCUCCACUGAGUCCUUCAAGAUCAUGUUCGGGUGAAUCCCUGGAACAGAGAAAAGAAUCGUGCAAAAAAACGAACAACAGAAAACUUUUUAAAAUUAAAAAAAGCACAAGCGGAAGUAACUUAGAAAAUAGUCAGUCUUUCGACAAUAAUUCCUACAUUGAAGUUGAGCUCAGAAGAUACAAAGAGGAUUCGACUAAAAAUGACGAUCGAUUGAAUCCUGCAUCUCAAAACAAAAACUCUCAUGGUAAACGAACCACACAAAGACCGUCGAGUUUGGUUUUACAAUCCGAUUCUUCAGACACGUUGAACCAAACCUCAGCUUGUAGUGACUCUCAACCCUCGGCUUCAUUCUAUGAAAAUGAGCCGUUUAACCAGAAUUCUAAAAAUACCAAUAACAACAAUGGAUCUCAGCAUCAGCAGAAAACACAAGCUCACAGAGAAAUCUCAUUGCGUUUAGAAGAAAAGUCGCUUUCACCUGAUUCUCUCAGUUCUAGAUCGUCCUCGUGGAACAAAUCUUCUCCAGGUUUAAUAAGAAGAUCACAUUCCAAAACACCAUUAUUUACAGAUCUUCCACCUCCACCUCCUCCCCCUCCAUGCGAGGAUCAUGUGGAAGACGAAGUCAACAGGAGAUCCAAAGAGUUUUCUCGUUCUGAGUCGUUAAACAAAGAUGACAGUGUUUUUUCCACCGACACGCAACCAAGAAAUCAAACCGAAGGAAGCAGACCUUUACCUAAACUCAGUGUGUGGAAGGAAUCGGCUGAUAAUGAAUCAGGAAAAUCACCAAACCAGGACACCAGUGGGUGGAGAAGGAAGUCAUAUUCAGCUGCUUGCAGAAAGUCACAGUCGUUGGAUCAUAUAUACGAACUUGAACAAUUUGAUAAUAACAAGAAAAAUAUGGAAGAAAAGUUGGACGUCUGCUCCAUGGUAUUCAGCACUCUACAAACUCCCAAAAGAUGCUCAAAGCCGCAACCUUCUUUUGCUCCACAAUCUCCAGAUGCUUUUGUAGAAAAAUCGAAAGAACAAUCUCUGGAAGAUGAGUUUCCUCCUCCCCCACCUCCCCACAUCCUCCAGGAGGUGAUGAAAGGAUUUGCUCCCAUUGAAGAGGAUGGUUAUGUUCUCAUGGACCCCAUCGAGAAUGAUAAAAACGCCAAAUUUAAAGAUCUAAGUCCAAAGCAAAAUUCUCAGUUUGAAUUAACAAAGAAGAACAGCAAAAGUGAAUCGUCAAUUCACCAACGCAGGUCUUUAUCAAAAGAUCAUUCAAAAUCUUCUGACAUAGGUACAAGACCAAGUAAAAACGAACAGGAAAGUUUCAAACCUGAAAUUGGUCGACCUAAAAACCGAAGAAUGAGUGAAGGCUCCGCUGUGAGACGAAGAUCCGACCGACAGUCCCUUGAAGACGAUGGUGGUAUGAGAAAAAUUUCUCGUCAUCGGAGCAUUAGCAGUGACCACUCGUUAAGAAAGCGAGAAAACUAUGUCCCUGAAAACCAAAAUGAUUUUACGAAAGCAAAUCCCCAGCCCCGAUUUCCAUCAACCAACCCCUAUGUUAAGUUAACUUCAACUCCUAAAGCAAGAUUAUCAAAUGCAGAAGAGGAAAAAUCCCCCAUGCCUAGAAGUGUAAAAGAAUCAAAACCUCUGCAAGGACGACAACCCACAAAGCUUACACCUAACGUAAAGGUAACGACAAAUUCUGCAACAAACGGAAAGAAGAAGUCAAGUUCUCCAUCAUCAUUUGUGAAUCUGAUGAAAGCAAAGUUUGGAAAAUCAAAUUUAGGAAACAAAUCUGGAAGUAAGAAGUCUGAAGAAGAAAAUGUUUUGGAGAAAACCGAAUCUUCUCUUCCGGUUAAAGCUGCAAGCUCCUUGAUUGAUCCGCGUACUCUUUCGUUAGAACCAAACUCAUAUUUAAAACCAACCGUUGAUGGUGUACUUGAUGAUAAAAGAUCCAAACUUAAACUUGGAAACAACAGCGACGCAGCUGUAGGAAGAAAACUAAGUCGUCCCUUUCCAAAUCAACCACUUGCGAAUCAACAAUCAAAGGGACAAUUAUUGAACGUGGUUGAAGAAGUGGUUUCCGAUGAAGGAUUUGCUGAAGGAAGCACAAUUGAACGUGCUGAAAAAGAACAAACUUCCGAAAAAGACGUGAAUGAAACAAACUGUGAGUCACGAUAUGUAGAUAUCACAGUUCAAAAACAAGAACAGCGUAAUUGCUUAAACAAAAAUCCCGCUGAGAUUGGGAUCAAAAAUCAACCUAAAAAAAACAAUUCUUAUUGGUAUGACAAUGUAGUUAGCAUAGGAAGCGGUAGUAACAAACAAUUUAAAGUUUUAAUGACCGAAACAACUUUUGAUGAAGAUGGAAUAACAAGAAGCAACUGUUUGAAGCAGAAACACACAAGGUUAAGAAUGAAGGAAGAACCUCCUUAUGAAAAUUACCCAUUAGUAACUAGUUCAAUGGGCCAGCUAGCCCCACCGUCAUACGAACAUGUUAUUCUCACGAGGUCACAAAAAAGUGACAACCCCAGACCGACAUCUGUGAGUUACAACUCCCAAAACCAAAAUCGUGAAGUGAUAGCGACAGGCGUGACUAUUGUGCGGUCACCUCAACAAAAAGCUUUCAAACCAAAAGUUGAAAGUAAACCGACCAAGACUACUACAGCCUUUGACAGGAUAAUGAAAUCUGUUGGUCAUCAUUAUUCAGGAAGUAAAGAAGACCUGAGUGGGAAAAGAGAAUUAGAUUUAAAAAAUACUGCCCAAAAAUCACACAGAAAUACAGGCAAGAACGAAAGUCCACAAGGAAAACUUAAUGCUGAACAUCAAAAAGUGUUUGAAAAAGCUUUUAUUAGCUCGGUCGUUGAAGCGGAACUUUCACAAACAUCUCAUAACUUGAUGGAAGGUGGAAAUCAUCAGAAAACAUCGAGUGAGUUGCCAUGUCUUCCUCUACCCCCAUCGAGUGGUGGAAACAGCACUGGAACAGGUUCUAGUUUUGGAUCUCUACCUUCUGAUGGCAUUGUGGACGUUACAGAGUCUCGUACUAGGACGUCUUCUGCGUCUUGCCCCUCACUGAAGUCGCAAUUGAGAUUAAGCAAGACACAGAGGAACAGUAUUACUUCGUUUGGUUAUUCCGCUCUUCAAGGGACAGUGGAUUCCAGCACAUCGACGACUAGUUCUGAAUCGAGUUCAAGAGGUCGCGAUAAAAAUUCAGUUGGAGGAUGUUUGGAGUCGAACUCAUCGUUUGGGUCAGUGGAGCGACCAGUGACCUCAUCCGGGAUUACGAAAUCAAAAAUCAACCCCAUGGUACAAUCACGACUUUCAAAAUCACCAAAAAAUCCGAGUUUUGAACAAGAAACGCAAACAAAACUUGCUCCAAACCGUAGAUCUCAGUCAGGAUCACGAAUAUCUCGACUUAGCACGCCAAGCAAACUGCCUGCACCAGGAAAAUCUCCUGACUCAAGAUCUACCACUCCUAAAAGUGUGUUUUCACCUUCCACUCCAAAUGAAUUACCUCCUACAUCAGCAAACUCCAAGCAAAGAUUAAAGCUGGCUCCUCUAGGCUUAUUACCCCCUAGCCCAUCUUACACCAAUCAAACCAGUGAACCAGUUUAUGAAAAUGCUGCUGCCUUUAAACAACACAGAGUUAAUGAAAAGCAAAUACCUGCCCUCAAAAGAGUUCCAUCGUCCAUGAGGCCAUCUGGUUCCAGCAUCGGCGUGCCGUCUGUUUCAGCGCGAACAAAUAGUUGUGCCUCCAAUCAUAUAGACACCCGACGUUCGAGGAAAGGUAACCCAUCAGCAUCUGGACUGCAUCGCCCACGUCCAAUCUACCCAGGAGUUGGAGCUGGUUAACACGUCAAUUUUGCGCAACACAGCUUUUAAUGUUGUUGAGGUAGCACGCCAUGGGUGCUAGAAUUUGGCCAAAAACCUACGCAACAUAGCCUUACAGUGCAGCUUUUGAUUCUAUUUCUCUAUCCAGCCCUAUUAGCUCAUUCGCAAUCGACUUUCGUUGUCACUUUGUUGCUGCACAGACUACCAACCAUCUUAGCAAUGUCAGAAGGAUAUUUCUGCAGAAAACUCUUCGUUUUUAUUUAUAUUUUCUUUUUUUUUUCUACAUCACCUUUUUGUUGCGAACUUUUAAUGACUGGAUAAAAUAAAUACGAAGAACCUCA